ACAGAGAGCCAUCAGACAUUAGCGGCAGGCGCCGAGGCGCGUCGCCUUCUCCUCUCCACCUCCGCCUCCCGUCGAUUUGCCCGUCUAUAAAUAGCAGGCCACUGGAGAGGAGGAGGCGGCCUCCUCCAACUCGCCACCCCUCCCCCGCGCCUCCGCCCACCGACGCCUAGGGCUCCGCCUCGCGUCGCGGUGGAGGCGACGUUGCGCUGCCACCCGCCGCCCCCCUAGGCCUCGCCUCCCCUCCUCGCAGAUUAUGGGACCUAAGAAAGCCCCAUUUAAUGGAGUAGUUGAGGAUUUCAAAGGAAGAGCAGCUUGCUACAAACAAGACUGGCAUGAUGGAUUCCGUUCUGGGUUCAGGAUACUGGCACCUACGCUGUACAUAUUCUUUGCAUCCGCGCUUCCUGUUAUAGCAUUUGGGGAGCAAUUGAGUAAAGAUACAGAUGGUGCACUGACCACAGUUGAGACAUUAGCAUCAACUGCUAUUUGUGGAAUCAUACACUCAAUAAUAGGCGGACAGCCACUAUUGAUUGUGGGAGUCGCAGAACCGACUAUCAUCAUGUACACCUAUAUCUACAAUUUUGCCAAAAAUCAGCCGAACCUGGGAGAAAAAUUGUUUCUGCCAUGGGCUGGAUGGAUUUGCAUCUGGACUGCCGUCAUGCUGUUCCUCAUGGCAACGUUUAAUGCUGCAGUUAUUCUAAACAGAUUUACAAGGUUUGCAGGAGAACUAUUUGGAAUGUUGAUCACGAUUCUGUUCAUGCAAGAAGCGAUCAAGGGGAUGUUAGGUGAAUUCAGUGCCCCUGAGGGUAGAGAUCAAAACCAGCCGACAUUCGAGUUCCAAUGGCUAUAUGUCAAUGGUUUGCUUGGAGUUAUCUUUUCGAUGGGCCUGCUAUAUACUGCAAUAGCCAGCAGGACUGCAAGAUCAUCGCUAUACGGCACUGGGUGGCAAAGGAGCUUAAUCGCUGACUAUGGUGUUCCACUAAUGGUCAUACUCUGGACAGCAUUGUCAUACUCAUUGCCAAGCAAGAUCCCUUCAGGGGUCCCUAGGAGGCUCUUCACCCCGCUUCCUUGGGAACCCAAGUCACUCCAGCAUUGGACUGUAGCGAAGGAUUUGUUUUCUGUCCCUCCAGCAUAUAUACUUCUGGCUAUUGUGCCUGCUGCAAUGGUUGCAGGGCUCUAUUUCUUUGAUCAUAGUGUAGCUUCGCAGAUGGCUCAGCAGAAGGAAUUCAAUUUGAAGAAUCCACCAGCAUACCAUUAUGACAUUUUGGUCCUGAGCUUCACGGUCUUGAUCUGUGGUCUUCUAGGCAUUCCUCCAUCAAAUGGAGUACUUCCCCAGUCCCCCAUGCACACAAGAAGCCUUGCUGUCCUCAAGAGGCAGUUACUUCGCAAAAAGAUGGUCCGAACUGCCAAGGAGGGCAUGAUGAAGAAUGCUACUGGUUCAGAAGUUUAUGGUAAGAUGCAAGAAGUUUUCAUAAAGAUGGAUGAUGGAAGCAAUUCUGAUUCUGUCCACAAAGAGCUGAAGGACUUGAAGGAUGCAGUUAUUCCAGAGGGGAAUGGAGCAGGGAGUGUGCCCGAUGUAUUUGAUCCUGAAAAGCAUGUAGAACCUUACUUGCCGGUCCGAGUGAAUGAGCAGAGAGUUAGCAAUAUGUUGCAGUCCCUCUUAGUUGGUGGUUGCAUUGGAGUUAUGCCGCUCAUUCAGAGGAUUCCGACAUCAGUUCUUUGGGGUUACUUUGCCUAUAUGUCCAUCGACAGCCUUCCUGGGAACCAGUUCUGGGAAAGGAUACAGCUUCUGUUCGUCACACCUCAAAGGCGCUACAAGGUUCUUGAAGGUGCACAUGCGUCCUUUGUGGAGUCAGUACCUUUCAACAAGAUAUCUGCCUUCACGCUUUUCCAGCUAAUUUAUCUCUUGAUCGUCUUUGGGAUGACAUGGAUACCAGUAGCAGGAAUCCUUUUCCCGUUGCUGUUCUUCUUUCUCAUUGUCAUCAGGCAGCAUCUCCUCCCGAAAUUUUUCGAACCACGCCACCUGAAGGAAUUAGAUGCAGCUGAGUACGAAGAACUUGAGGGGUUCAGCCCUGAUCCGUCAGUGGACGACGAUGAAUCUGUUCGCAGCCGCGACGUCCAAACUGAAUACGCUUCCGAAAUACUGGAUGAAUUCACUACUAAUCGUGGAGAGCUGAAGCGCAGAGCCUCGAGUUUCCGCGAUGGGAGGCUGCUCCAGCUUAAUUCGGUCAAGAUGACAAGAGAGCUUUCCCGGACUACUUCGAGAAUUCCAAGGAUUAUGGAAGAAGAACGAGAAGACUGAUCUCUCUUUGCAACUACAAACUCCAAAGACGCAUUGGGUGCGAACCGAGUUACCGCGGCCUGGUUACGUUCUAGAUACCGAGUUACACACACGGGGAAGAGCCGAUAAAUGUGGCAGAACUGUGCAUGCAAAAGAGCUGUAUGUACUGCUGUACAAAAGAGAUGGGAGGGGAUACAAAAGGGAUAGAAGGGGUUUAUACCUUUGUUGUGUGAUGUGCAGUGUCACUAAUCGGGAAGGAUAACUACACGAUCGAUGUUUAACUGCUUGAUUUCGAGAUGGGAAAAAAAUUCUAUAGCGUCAGUGCUACGUAGCACUGGGCCUAAAUUUA